AUGACAGCGCCUUCAAACGGCAAGAGAGGUAAAGAAGCGGCAGAAAUUGUUGCGUUGCCUUCAAUCGAAAACGUACAAGAAGGUUUGGUAGUGCUGGUUGACGGAUACGAGAUAGGCAUCACCGUAAUAGCCAUGGUAGCAGGCAUAUCUAGCGGCGGCACAUAUCCCCAAUUGAAUCCCUUAUCAGGCUACUUCUACACUAACUUAUAUAGAUGGGGAUUGAGAUAUUUCAGUCUUGUUCCGCUUUGGAUGGGAGGUCACGCUGGCAAUUUCGUCGAAACUCAUAGGGUAUGGAAACGAAGAUUUUACUACAUGGAUGAAUUAGUUCCGAAGUGGUUGCAAACUCUAUUCUUUUACGUUAAAAAGGAAGACUGGGCAAGAGAAGAAUGGGAAUUUAAGAGAUUCAAAAAAUAUGCGGAACCGGCUUUCGGUAAACAUUUUCGCUACCCAUCCAAAGUGUUUAAUAAUUUUAAGAGUCAAGAGACAUCCGAAUCUGUCGAAAAUAUGGAUUCUGAUAAUUCGAUAGACUAA